AUGGAUGGAGAGGGGGUCUUGGUGCCCACCAAUGCCGGAGCAUCCAAUGGGCAGCAGCCUGGCAGGGGACAGCAAAUGCAGCCCAUGCUGCGCGGGGGGAAGAGCGCCUCCCGCACCCAGCCCGGCCCAGACCCAGGCCCCCGCCGGCCGGUCGCUCCCUCCGGUCCCGAAGGUGGGGCCCAGGCCUGGGUUGCCAUGGAUACCGUGUCCCUGGAGCAUCAGAUUCAGAGCGUGCAACGCCACAUCAGCUUCCUGAAAAAGGAGCAGAUGGCCCUGCUGCGAGACCUGCACCUGGAAAUCCUGAGGCUGCAGAAACGCUGCUCAGAACUGACCCAUGACCUGGAAAUGAGAGAGGCCCAAUCUCACCAGCAAGAGGCGGCGUCCCGGGAGCUGGAGAGCAAGUGCCGCGCGCUGGAGUCGCAGCUGGCGGCGCGGGCCGCGGCCAACGCCGAGCUGCGGCGGGAGGUGGCGCAACGCGAGGCGCUGGUGUCGGCGCUGCGCUGCAGCCUGCGCACCGAGGAGCGCCGCUUCCUGGAGGAGCUGCGUCGCCGCAGCCACCGCGCCACGGUGCUCGGCACCGAGCUGCAGAAGCACACCGAGGCGGCCGCCUACCUCUCCUGCCAGCUGCACGCGGCGCGCCAGAGACUGCAGGCCCCGCGUCCCGGCCCCGGCGGCGCCGCCGAGCCCCGGCCCCGCCGGCGCGCACAGCGAGCCCGCCGCCCGCCCGCCGAGCCCGCCGCCAAGGGCCCCGGCCGGGACUGGGCCUCCUGGGACCGCGCGGCCCGCGCCCUGGACGACGCCGACCCCAUGCCCGACCCCGCGCUCUUCCUCUACGCCCGGAGGCCCCUGCGGCCCAGUGGCCGCAGCCCGCGCCAGCCGCCUCCCCAGGACCCCCCGGACCAAGCCAGCUCGCAGCCCGCGCCCUCCCGGAGCCCGCCCGCCGCGCCGGGGGACCCGGAGUAGGCACGGGGGUGGCGGGGGUCGUGCGGGGAAGGGAGGCUGGGGCCCAGCUCCGGCCCCGCAGGCAGGUCCCGGGGGCUGAGGGCAGCCGCCCCUCCUCCGGGGAGAAGGCCGAGGCGGCCCCAGCGCCCCCACCCGCCCCAGCCGCCCUCGCCUUUUUUAUCUCCCAACGUUUCCAAGCUUCGAGCUCUCCCCUCCCGCGAGGGAGCGCUUCUGCGGGGCUGAGCGAUCGCACCUGUCUCGUGGAGAGGACUCGCAUUACCGGUCCUUAUCAGGUCCCCACCGUGCCACCGGGAGGGGAGACGGCAGGGGUCACGCCCUGCCCUGAGAAAGCUGACAAUCCUUAGGGGGCGGGGGGCUGGGCUGGCCUAGGAAAGGAACGCAGAGUGGCACCUGGCACCCCUAGGCCUUCCAGCGCCCCUCCCGGCCUCCCCGAGCCCCGCGCGGACGGCCUUCCGCCGAGCCUUCUUCCUCUGAGGGGAGGCUCAGGCGAGGGGAUGGUCCUUUUACUCCGAAGCCGUGUGUCCCCUACCCCUACCCCGUUAAUAGGUCCUUGCAGGUGAGCACCGAACACUUUAGAAGACGCGUCCUCCCAGAGCCCCUGGUGGGGAAAGUGCGGCGUGACGGAAGUGAAACUUCUGGAAGAUAGAAUGCAUAGACCCCUUUAGAGAGGAUUCCAGAAGGGCCUUGGUGGCGGAACCUGGUCUAGAGCGGUCUCCGGCUGAGUUCUGCCACCCCUGGUGUGCGGGAGACCGGGCGCGCUGGGGAAGCAGGUGGAGCGGAGACGAGCUGCCGGGCCAGGCUUGUGG